CCCGCAUUGCUGUGGCUGUGGUGUAGGGCAGUGGCUGGAGCUCCGAUUCGACCCCUAGCCUGGGAACCUCCAUAUGCCAUGGGUGCGGCCCUAAAAAGUUAACUCCUUAUAUCCAAAGGCUAUUCAAUAUGUAAUCUAUAUAAACAAACUAGAUAUUUUAUGAGUUUUUAAAAACUGGAAGUCUUCAAAAUCUGGUGUAUUUUAUACUUACAGCCCCUCCCAGGCUGAACUAGCUCUGUUUCAAGCGCUCAAGAACCACCUGUGGUCCGUGACUGCCAUAUUGAAAAGGACGAGAAUGUUCUCCAGGAUGAGAGUUGGGGUGUUUGUCUCAGUCCACUCAGGCUGCCAUGACAAAGUGCCGUAGACUGGAAGCCUGACAAACAAUGGGAAAUGCCUUCUCACAGUUCUAGAGGCUGGAGGUCUGAGAACAGGGUGCCAGCAUAGUCAGGUUCUGGUCCAGGCCCUCUUCUGGGUUAUAGGCUGCUGACUUCUUGUACCCUCAUAUGUUGAAAGAGGAGGAGCUAGCUUUUUGGCCUCUUCUUAUAAGGACGCUAAUUCCAUCUAUGAGGGCUCCACCCUCAUGACCUAAUUAUGUCCCGAGGCUCCUACCUCCAAAUACCAUCACAUUAAGGUUUAGAUUUCAACAUACGAAUUUUGGGGGGGGGGCAUUUAGCAGUGCUCCUAGUUAAAUGCUGUUUGACACUGUCAAAGAUGCUUUCCCUCUCUGAGUCUCUGUUUCCUCAAUGGAUGGUUGGAUCAGCUGAUCUUUAAGGUUCUAAUCCAAGGUCCCUGCAUUGUGUAGCUACAUCCAGAGACAUACUUAUCAUAAAGCUACAGGAAUUAAAGACAGGGCUAGGUAAAUUGACCAAUGGAAUAGACAGGCCAGAAACAGAAUUAUGCAUAUAGAGGCAUUUGGUCAACCCAGGCAAGGAUGGUCUGUUGAAUAAGUGAGAUAAUUAGUUAUCCAGAUGGAAACCAGACAACUGGAACCCUGCCUCACACCCUACAGAGAAACCAUUUCUAGAUGGAUUAAAGACUGCAAGUGAGGCGCCCCCUGGUGGCUCAGUGGGUGAAGGAUCCAGCGUAGUCACUGCAGUGGCUCAGGUCACCCAUCUGGUGCAGGUUCGAUCCCUGGUCCUAGAACUUUCACAUGUCCUGGGUGUGGCCAAAAAAUAAGAUUUAUAAGUGAAAAAAAAAAAACACUUCCAAACUUCUCAAAAAUCUAAAACGAUAUCUUUUGGAAAUUGAUGCUAGGUAAAGAUUUCUGAAGGCAAAAUUACAAAAAGUACAAACCAUAAAAGAUUGAUUGGCUGGACUACAUUAAAAAUGACAUCUUUUUAUUCACCAAAAAAUGCCAGGAAGACAGGAGAAGGUAAACCGCAAACUUGAAGGCUCUGUUUGCAACACAUUUACCCCAACGAGUCAUUAAUAUCCAGUAUUUAGAAAGAGCUGCCAUGAGGAAAAGGCAAAUAACCCAAGAGAAAAUGUAAAAAGAACACAGAUGAGCAGUGAGCCCGUAAAAAGCUGCUCACUUGCGCUAGGGAUCAAGGAAAUGCAAAACUAGAGCCCGUGGAGUGACAGUCUAAUAUUCAGGCUGUAAGAGGUCUGACCGUUCUGUUGCAGCAACUUCGGAAGACAGCAGUUAUCAUGUCAGCUUGGACAUGGCCCCUCUCUUCUGGGGGUCUACCCCAGAAAAACUCAGCACAUGGGCACCUGGGGAGAUGGACCAGAAUCUUCUGAGCAGCCUCGUUCAAGGCGAGCAAGACCUGGAGACAGCCCAGGGGCCCACGGUGGUGGAAUGGUGUGUCUUUGUACAGUGGACUAGCAAUCCUGCAAUGCAAACGAACUCCAGUUCCAGGCAACAGGAUGGCUCCAGCUCAUAGACGCGUUGAAUGAGAGCAACACAAAAGAAAGUCUGAGUCCAGCUGUGUGAUGCUUGAAACCUGGCAAACCAGCAGGGUUGUUCGGGAAGGCAGAGGUUGCAUGUACAAAGCCAGAAAAUGUUUACAGGAUCAGGUUCAUGAACCAUCGUGUCCCCGCCCACAAGAGGUACCAGCCCACGGAGUACGAACAUGCUGCCAACUGUGCCACCCAUGCUCUCUGGAUCAUUCCCAGCAUCCUCGGCAGCUCCAACCUCUACUUCCUGUCGGACGACCACUGGGAGACCGUCUCUGCCUGGGUCUAUGGCCUCGGCCUCUGUGGGCUCUUCGUGGUGUCCACCGUGUUCCACACGAUCUCCUGGAAGAAGAGCCACCUCAGGACGGUGGAGCAUUGCCUGCACAUGUCCGACCGCAUGGUCAUCUAUUUCUUCAUCGCGGCCUCCUACGCGCCCUGGCUGAACCUCCGUGAGCUGGGCCCCUGGGCCUCCCACAUGCGAUGGCUGGUCUGGAUCAUGGCCUCUGUCGGCACCGUCUAUGUCUUCUUCUUCCAUGAGCGGUACAAGCUUGUGGAGCUGCUCUGCUAUGUCGUCAUGGGCUUCUUCCCCGCCCUGGUCAUCCUUUCCAUGGUAAGUGCCCCCACCCGGCCUGGGGCUUCCGUCUGGCUGGUGGGGACCCAGAGUGGCUCUAGAGAUGGUCAGGUUGAGCCUUGUCCUCUGGAAGACGGGGCACUGAGACCUGGGGUCAGUGCACCUUGCCUACGGAGGCAGGAGAAUGUGCAGGGAACUCCAGGGCUCGGCCCCCCAGUUCCACGACGCCUGCUCUCCCUGCUUUGCCUCCGGGGAGUUCAUCAGUCCCCCCCUGGGCUCCAGGUUUCCUGUCCGUUCAGGAAUUAAAUGAUACACACCUGUGGACGUACCCGAUCACAAUUAAAUCUGUGAUGACAGUGGAGGCGGUGAUGGAGGCAGAGCCGAGGCUGAGGUUUCUGGCACCCUCUCCGCGGCCUCCGCUGCUUCUUGGCACGUGAAGGUUGAUCCUUUUACUGCACGUCCUGAGCCCUUACGAUGUGCAGGAGGCCUCCUUGCUGGGCCUCACUCCCCGUCCCAGGCAUCCUUGGAGAUGGAUGUGACCACCUCUGUUUCACGCACGAGGACACCCAGGCUCUGAGAGGGGAGGUGACCAUGCCAAGGACACAGCCCCAAGGGGCUGAGCUGGGAUCCCCGUAACCUCUGACUGGGAGGACUGGGUUUGUGUGUGUAUGUGUGUGUGUUUUCUAUAUGUGGGUUUUUGGUUGUUUUGCUUUUUAGGGCUGCACCUGUGGCAUAUGGAGGUUCCCAGGCUAGGGCUCAAUAGCAGCUACAGCUGCCGGCCUCCACCACAGCCACAGCAACGUGGGAUCUACCUAUGGCUGGAUGGUGACCCACCAUAGCUCACAGCAAUGCUGGAUCCAUAACCCACUGAGCGAGGCCAGGGAUCGAACCUGCAACCUCAUGGAUCCUAGUCAGAUUUGCUUCUGCUGAGCCACAAUGGGAACUCUGGGGACUGGGGUCUUUGGGCUGCACUGCCUUGUCCUGCCAGGAGAAGCCCUAGGGCCCAGGAAGGGAAGCAGCUGUGUGGCCAUGCAUGGACCCCUCUCAUCUCUGAGCUUCAGUUGUCCUGUCUGUCAAAUGGGCACAGUCACCUCCGCCUAUUGGUACCUCUCUUGGCCAGAUGACAGUGUUUUACUUUUAAGUGAUUAUUGUUGCCAGAUGUUAAACAUUUAUGUAGUCAAGAAGCCACUGAGUCAGGAGUUUCUGUUGUGGCUCAGUGGUUAACUAACCCGAUUAGUAUACAUGAGGACACGGGUUCGAUUCCUGGCCUCGCUCAGUGGGUUAAGGAUCUGGCGUUGCUGUGGCUGUGGUGUUGGCUGGCAGCUACAACUCCAAUUUGACCCCUAACCUGGGAACCUCCCUAUGCUACAGGUGCGGCCCUAAAAAGACAAAAAAAAAAAAGCCACUGAAUUGUGAACUUGGAAAAGGGUGAAUGUUAUGAUACGUCAAUCACAUCUAAUACAAUUAUUAUAAAAAGGACAGGCGUUCCCUGUGGUGCAGUGGGUUCAGGAUCUGGUGUUGUCACUGCAGUGACUCUGGUUGCUGCUGUGGCAUGGGUUCAGUCCCUGGCAAGACGAGCUUCUAUAUGCUGUGGGCGUGGCUGAAAAAAAAUAUUUUUCCCCCAAAUUAAAAUUGACUGAAAAGAUCAAUAAAUAACUUGUCCUUUAAAAUUUAAAUGACAUUACAGUUAAAUUAUGUAUAUUUGAGGCAUUGGUCUUGUCUAAAUUAAUUUCUUAUCUAUGAAUCGCACUUUAUUUUAAAGUUGAGAAUAUUUUAUUGAUUUAUUUAGUCUUUUUAGGAUGCAGGUUUGAUCCCUGGCCUCGCUCAGUGGGUUAAGGAUCU